AUGUCCGAGGGCACGCGGCUGCUCUCCCGCCGCGCGGCCCCCGAGGCCCCCGCGGCGGCGGAGGGCCCCGAGGGCCCCGCGGAGGCCCGCGGGUGGCUGCCGCGCCCGGCCGCGGUGGCCCCGCUGCUGGCCGUGCUGUCGUGCGUGCUCUACUGCGGCAACGGCGAGCUGCUGCAGGCCCUGCAGGCGCUCGCGGCGGAGCUCGGAGCGGGGGGCGCGCUCGCGAACACGCCGCGCACGACGGCACUCCUCUUCGCCUUCGUCAUCAUGGGCUACAAUUGGGCGUGGCUGUCCAGCGCGAGGCUGGUCCCCGCAGGCCUUACCAACGCCGUGUUCCAGACUUCGAUCGCGUUCGUCUAUUUGGCCAGCACACACCUCUUCGCAGAGCCGCUCACCCUUCCCAGGAUGGUGGGGGUCGGGCUGUCCAUCGCGGGCUCUGGGCUCGCGAGCGGCUUGGUGCAUUUAGGGGCCAGCCCAUCGAACACGCUUCAGGCAGCGAGCGGGACAAUGAUGGGAGUCAUGCUUGCGCUGGUGGCCGCAUUGGGCGUGACUGUCUACCAGGUGCUCUUCAGGCAGCUCUUCGGCCACCUCAAGAGUGAUUGGCGUUUCCUCGCGUAUUUCGGGGCCUGGGUCAGCGUCUGGCAUGUGCUGGCGAUCUUGCCGCUAGUCAUGCUUGCAAGCCCCCUCGGCAUCGAGAAGCUAGCGCUACCCAGCAGCAGCGAAGCGUGGGCUGGCACGAUGGUGUCGGCUGCGCUCGCGUCCGCGGUGAACGCGCUCUAUCUGUGCAUAGUCAUGUGGGGGUCGCCGAUGCUCCUCCCGUGCGCCUCCGCGCUGUCCGUGCCGCUGACCGUUGUGCUGGACGCGGCCCUCCACGGCGCCAGGCCGACGGCCGUCGAGUGCCUGGGCCACCUGAUGGUGGUGGUCUCCGUGGUGCUCAUCAUGGAGUUGUACGGCACGGCGCUGGUGUCGAUGGGCAAGCAGUGGCUGGGCGCCGCCCGGGCGGACGACGAUCGCAGCCUCGCCGUGCCGACGAAGCUCGGCGCGGUGCGCGCCGGCGGCAGCACGCCGCCGACCGCGGUGUAG